GGGAGAAGGCGCAUGCGUGGUCUUGAGGGCGGUGCUUCCGGUCGAAGCACCGCUUGGGGGCGGGGCCUGCGACACGCGGUGGGCGGGUCCUGAGUCGCGACCCUGGUCCGGACCUGACCUGAAUUGCGACCCCAACCUGGACUGCUCCCCUGACCGCAACCCCUACCCCCGCCCACCAGCAUGGCCCGGCACGUGUUCCUAACGGGGCCCCCAGGAGUUGGAAAAACAACAUUGAUCCAUAAAGCCAGUGAGGUUUUAAAAUCCUCUGGUGUGCCUGUUGAUGGAUUUUAUACCGAAGAAGUCAGACAGGGAGGGAGAAGAAUAGGAUUCGAUGUCGUCACGUUGUCCGGCACCCGGGGGCCUUUAUCGAGAGUUGGGUUAGAGCCUCCACCUGGAAAACGUGAAUGCCGAGUUGGGCAGUAUGUGGUCGACCUGACUUCUUUUGAGCAGUUGGCACUACCCGUCUUGAGGAAUGCCGACUGCAGCAGUGGCCCAGGGCAAAGAGUGUGCGUCAUCGAUGAGAUUGGGAAGAUGGAGCUCUUCAGUCAGCUUUUCAUUCAAGCUGUUCGUCAGACGCUGUCUACCCCAGGGACUAUAAUCCUUGGCACAAUCCCAGUUCCUAAAGGAAAGCCACUGGCUCUUGUAGAAGAAAUCAGAAACAGAAAGGAUGUGAAGGUGUUUAAUGUCACCAAGGAAAACAGAAACCACCUUCUGCCAGAUAUCGUGACGUGCGUGCAGAGCAGCAGGAAGUGAAGACACAUGCAUUCCGUGAAGGAGUGCCCAGUUCAAGAGGAGCCUGAUGGAGCCCUGCCUGUCGAGGCUGUAUGCCUAUGGGGUUAUGGAACCUUGUGGGCUUUUCUAGAGAAAACUCAACAGCUGUUUCCCAUAAAAUGUUUAAAAGAUCAAAUUAGCCUUAAUGCUGGAUUGUCUGUACAAGAUUAACUAUCCAUUGUGGCUUAUCUAUGCUUAAAGAUUUCUUGUUUAUUUCCUCUUGCAGUCAUGCACAUGAUUUGGGUAAACUGUGAGAUGAGAAAUGGUUUUCAGAGUAUUAGAUGGAAUUCACCCCCGUUGAAGUUUAUAAAUGUGUUCAGGGGAAGGGGGAGGAAAGAGUUCACUGCCUAAUCAGUUUUGCAUGUCAUGAAAAUUAAAUUCCUCUCCAGGUGCAGCUUCAGCCUCAUGCAACUUAAAGUGAUAACAGUUAUUUGAUUUUUUAAAAAAUAUUAUUCCAAAAGAAAACCAUUUUAGGUCAUCUCCCCCAACUCUGUUUGCUUACUGCUUAAUAAAUAUAAAAAUAAAUCUGAUGGUUACAGACAGGA